AUGUCGUCGAAGAAGGAGGAAGUAUACAGGUCAGGACCAUAUAGACCAUACAUUAUUGAGUCGAAAAGGCGGAAAGCUAAUAACCUCACCAAAAAGGAUGUUGCAGUAGUCCUUUGUCUUACAUCCGUUUCCCUCCUACGUAUCUACAAAAUCUACCAACCAGCGAACAUUGUAUUCGAUGAGAUCCAUAUCUUACGAUAUGUUCAACACUACUUCAAGGGCACAUUCUUUCUUGAUGUGCAUCCUCCAUUGGGUAGGUUUAUUUACUAUUUGUUGGCGAAAUUGACCCAUUUUGACCCUGACAUUGAUUUUGAAGCCAUUGGAGAACCAUACUACAACAUGUCUUACACAAUUAUGAGAAUAUUCUCAGGGAUUUGCGGCAUUCUAGCCGUCGAUGUUACCUAUUUGAUCAUGCGUCUUGAUUCAGAUCAAUGGGUUUCAUUAUUUACUGCAGCGAUAGUAUUGUUUGAAAAUUCAUUGGCCACACAGUCGAGAUUUAUCUUUCUAGACUCCGCCUUGAUUUUGGGCCAAGCUUUGAGUAUUUACUACCUUAAGUUAUCAUGCAAAACAGAACCAGAAGGAGGAUCGUGGUGGUGGUACCUAGUUGCAACAGGGUUGUCACUAGGAUGGACAAUUUCGAUGAAAUUGUCUGGGUUUUACACUCUUUUAUGGGUAGGAGUCUUUUCCUUGUUUGAUAUGUACCAGUUGCUUGGUGACUUAACUAUUUCCACCUUCAAAUGGUUCAGACUUGUAUUCUACAAACUUCUCGUCUUGUUGGUUCUACCAUUAACAAUCUACCUAUCAUUAUGGAAAAUACAUUUUGAUUUACUUCCUUUCGAAGGUCCAAAUAGUGGCUUACUCUCACCUAGACUUAGAUCCACUUUUCAAGAUUACAGCACAUCUCCUGUCGAGGUCCUAUAUGGAAGUACGGUCACCAUCAAGCACAAUAACCUCGAGAAAUAUCUUCAUUCACAUGAUAAAACUUACCCUAAGGGAUCGCAAUUGCAACAAGUGACCCUAUACAGUCAUGAGGAUCCUAACAAUGAGUGGGUGGUAGAAUUGCCACGUAAGUUUUAUGAACACAAGCAUUAUAAUCAAAUUCGACCAGUCAAGGAUGGAGAAUUCAUCAGAUUAUACCACAAAGCGACUGAAAGAUAUCUCCAUGUCAGCGACGUGAGACCUCCCAUUUCUGAGCAUGAUUACUCGAAAGAAGUAAAUUGUAAUGAAACAAGGGGAUUGUUGGGCAAUACAGAGUACGAGUUUAAAUUGCGAAUUUUAAAUAAAAAGCCACAUGCUACGAACAAUUUACCCAUGAUCAAGUUACGUGCUACUGAAACUGUAUUCAUGUUGGUAAGCAGAGAUAACAGAUGUAACUUAAUUAGUCAUCAAGAUAAGCUUCCAAGCUGGGGUGAUUAUCAAAAUGAAGUUCUAUGCGUUCUGGAGUCUACAAUUCCCAACUCUUUAUGGUACAUAGAGUCCAAUCAGCAUCCAUUAUUGGAUGGCAAGAAACCACAUGUGGAAUUUGGACUGGUGCCCUUUUUGACUAAAGUUUGGGAUCUUCAUCAAGCAAUGUUUAGAGUGAACGCGGACUUUACUACUCCGCAUAAAUAUAGUUCACGACCUGAAUCUUGGCCAUUUGUACUCAAAGGUGUUGCUUACUUCCAAAGCUUGCCACAAUAUACAAGCUUGACAGAGCAUACAAGUCAGAUCUACUUUUUGGGUAAUGUAACAACCUACAUACUUAGCUUUAUUGUUGUUAUUAUCGCCAUGGUCAAGCUUGCAUUCUACACCUUGCGGAACUUUAACCCCUAUGUGACUUACCUUGACUCAGAAGCAAAGAGGAAGUUUUAUGCCAACGCGUUACAGCAUGUUGCAGGAUGGGCACUUCAUUAUUUACCCUACUUUUUCAUUUAUCGGAACCUUUAUGCGCACCAUUACUUGCCAGCACUAUACUUUGCUAUAAUGAAUUUGGGAGAGUAUUUGAAUUAUCAAAACAGAUACAUUCAAAUUCUGGUAAUGAUUGGAAUACUUUCGAGUUCUAUUUACUGCUUCAUUGAGUUUAUUCCGCUAAUUUAUGGAACUGAAUGGGGUGUAGCCAGUUGUGUUGCCCAUAAAUGGUUUCCUGGUUGGCACAUGGAUUGUAUGACUUAUGGGGGUUGA